CGAGCCGGCUGCGGAAGCGGGAGCCGCCGUUUUCCGGUUUCGUCGACAGUCUCAGAGAGUCAGAGGGCGUAGAAGGGGACCGGUGGAGGCGAUCGCAGGGGAGGGAUGUCGUCGACGGCGCCGCCGCGGGGAAGCCCGUCGCCAGUGGGAUUAGCGGUAUCUCCGGAGGUUGAGGCCGCGCUCGCGUGCGGCGGGGCCGUCGUCGCCCUCGAGUCCACCAUCAUCUGCCACGGUAUGCCGUACCCGAAGAACCUCCAGACGGCCAUGGAGGUGGAGGCCAUCGUCCGGGAGAACGGAGCUGUUCCGGCCACCAUAGCAAUUCUGGAUGGUGUGCCGCAUGUUGGGCUUAACAGUGAACAGUUGGAGAGAUUGGCUAUAAGCGGAAGGCAAUUUCAGAAGACAGCUAGAAGGGAUAUUGCACAAGUUGUUGCUUCUGGUGGCAAUGGUGCUACGACGGUUUCUGCCACUAUGUUUUUUGCUCACAAGGUAGGCAUACCAAUUUUCGUGACCGGGGGGAUUGGAGGUGUGCACCGACAUGGUGAAAAAACCAUGGACAUCUCCUCUGACUUAACUGAACUUGGAAGGACUCCAGUGGCUGUUGUUUCAGCCGGCGUGAAGUCCAUUUUGGACAUAGCACGGACACUUGAGUACUUGGAAACUCAAGGGGUAACAGUUGUUGCUUACAGAACCAACGAAUUUCCUGCUUUCUUCACCGAAAUCAGUGGCUGUAAGGUGCAAUGUCGCGUUGAUUCUUCAGAAGAGUGCGCCAAGAUAAUAUAUGCAAACAAGAAUAUGCAUCUAGCAUCUGGUAUUCUUAUUGCAGUGCCAAUUCCCAAGCAACACGCAGCUUCAGGAAACGUUAUAGAGUCUGCAAUACAGCAAGCCCUCAAGGAAGCAGAUGAUAAAAAGAUAAUAGGAAACGCAAUCACCCCCUUCAUCCUUGACAGAGUGAAAGUACUAACCGGAGGAUCUUCAUUGGAAGCCAAUAUUGCACUUGUAAAGAACAAUGCUCUUACAGGUGCUAAAAUUGCCGUAGCCCUUUCUGAUCUUCGCAAGAGAGCAUCAGAUGGAUUCCGGAGGUCUGCUCUGUGAAGAAGGAAGGCCCUGCUGAACAAGCGGUGAAGUCCACACAAACAAUUCACCCCGCCACCUCCAAAGCCGAAGGCCGAAAGUUUGUCGACUCCUCGCAUCAUCUGGCUCGCCGCGUGCUAGGCAUCGUUGAGCUCCUGGAUCUGCACAUCCUGUUGUUGCUUGCAUCUCUUCAUCUGUUCUGUUGUACCUAGUUGGAGAGUGUUGUGUCACAGAGAAUGAAGGAUGUUUCAGUAGGCGUUUGUUCUGGCACUAGAUAUAACUGGAAUGCUGUAAGCUUUGACCUUCAUUUGGCCUGGUGGUUGAAUCAUGAAAUAUACUGGAAUUUUAUUUACGCCA